AAUCUUGCUAAUUUGCAAUCCCAUAGCAACCAUAAUCACAGCUUUGAGACCUGUGAAGAAGGAACAACUCACUCUCUUUGACUCUCUUUGUGCUAAAUAAAGAAUAACAAUGACAGCAACAUUUAUCCCGAGGGGACAGGAAGGGAUAUUGCUUAGAGGACCAUUGACCCAAAGCCACAUCCCUCCUUCAUAUAGGACGAAGUCACUCCUAUACUCUAGGAAUAUACGACCUUACCUGAGCCACAGGGAAGAGGCUGGGAUACUAGAGGAUGGAUCCAAACCUUACCAGCAAAGAAUUGGCUUCUAUACAAGACAUAAUCCCCAUCCAGGUCGAGUCAGACACAUGAAAGGAUUACUUGACGUGCCUAUUUGUGUUGUUGAAGACAAUUAUGAACGACGAUUGGUUUUCUCAGCUCCAACAGGAGAAGACUACUGCACUCAUUAUCGUCCUCCUGGUAACACCAGAUACAGUGCUAACAAGGCAAAAUACAUCCCAGCUAUUGGCAUAGUUCCUGUAACUUAUGCAUGGAAAGAUGAGCUUGAAAAGAAGACCCACAAGGCAAUAAACAGAGCAAUGGGAGAAAUCUCCAGUCAGCAAAGUCAGAGGAGUGGGGCCUAUGACCAUCUUGAAGAUGAACAGAUUUUAGAUCUUUUAUGCCGAAUAUUACAGACAAACUCAAUCCCUGCAUGCUUUGCUUGGCUGCAGACUUGCUCAGAGUCAGAGAAGACUAUUGUACUCAACAUGCUUAGGAUGGCAGCUAUAGGGGAGAUUGAUCCCAACCCACAGCAGGCCAACAACAGCCCAUCAGAUACACAUAGUCAAAUUGCAACUCCCAACAAUAAACAAGUAGAAGAAAACAAGACUUUAUCAGCAAUUGGUGGCUGUCAUCACUACAUGAGUCAGAGCGGUGAUAUUGAUGGUGCUUCACCAUUUAAACUACCACAGCACGACACCAUCAUAAGGGAUGCUCAUUCCCGCCUAAUGUCAAGAGGGAGUGACCGCUCAUUCCAUGAGAGACUCCAGAGCGAAUUAGAUCAAGAUAUAAACAUGUCCUCUCGUCUUAACACACCUGGGAAACGGAAUCGACCUUUUUCUCUCAUUCCCGAUCAGCAGGCCCAUCCUCAGUCUGGUACUAGGAAAAGCAUCUCAAGAUCUCAUGGAAUUGGUAGUGAUGUUAAUUGUCCUCCACCACCAGUUCAUGUACACAUUACACAAGAGAGGCUUCAGGAUAAAGGAAGCAGUACCAACAAACAUAAUAAAUAUUACUGACUCAUAUAUGCUUUGGGUGAUUGGUGGUAAAAUAAAAAUUAGAUUUAAAUAAUAAUAAUAAUAAUAAUGAUAAUAGUAAUAAUAAAUAAUAAUUAUAAUUAUAAUUGGUAGUUUAAAAGAGAUUGAAUCAUGCAA